GUAAAUAAAUCUAUUUCACAGUUAUUUAGUGUCCGUGAUUGUGUAGGGUGGUGCUGUGUCAAAGGUAACAACGAAAGAUAAAUUUUUGUGAUCCCAUGAGUUCGUUUUUUAAAUCGAUAGAAAUAUGUGGGUGGUAAUCCUUCUCCUUCAGAUUAUGAGAGUUUUAGCACAAGGAGGACCGUCUACGGUUAGCGACCCUUUCAAGGAAGCAAAACUGGUAUCCAGAAUAACAGUAGACAAUUCACCUACUGAAGAAAGAAAUUAUCAAGCUGUACCAUCACUAUAUAACAUUCAUGAGCAAAAUGAACCUUAUGGUAUAUCAUACAACUAUCACAAUUACGAUGAAAUGACUAAAUGGCUAAGGGCAACAACAUCAAAAUAUCCUUCCUUGACCGCUUUGUAUUCCAUCGGAAAAUCUGUGCAAGGGAGGGACUUAUGGGUCCUAGUAGUUUCAGCUUCUCCGUAUGAACAUAUGAUUGGAAAACCUGAUGUUAAAUAUGUUGCGAAUAUGCAUGGAAAUGAGGCUGUCAGUCGAGAACUAAUGCUGCACUUGAUCCACCAUCUAGUAACGAAUUAUCAUGUGGAUCCUUAUAUUCGUUGGUUGAUGGACAACACUAGAAUUCAUAUAAUGCCAUCAAUGAAUCCUGAUGGUUUUGAAGUGGCUAAGGAGGGCACCUGCGAUGGAGGUCAAGGUCGUUACAAUGCUCGUGGCUUUGACUUAAAUCGAAACUUUCCCGAUUAUUUUAAACAGAAUAACAAGAGAACCCAGCCAGAAACUGACGCAGUGAAAGAAUGGGUAUCCAAGAUUCAGUUUGUAUUAUCGGGAAGUUUACAUGGUGGUGCUUUGGUUGCUAGUUACCCCUUUGACAAUACCCCAAAUUCACGACUAUGUAGGUCUUCCGCAUUGUGUUCUUUGUUUCAGAGUUACUCCUCCGCACCAUCGUUAACUCCUGAUGAUGACGUUUUUAAACACCUAGCUCUAACGUACUCAACUAAUCAUGCCAAGAUGAGCCGUGGAGUGGCCUGCAGAUCAUCCCAAAAAGGCUUCAGAAGGGGAAUCACAAACGGAGCUGAAUGGUAUCCACUGACAGGUGGCAUGCAAGAUUUCAAUUAUGUGUGGUAUGGUUGUAUGGAAGUAACUUUAGAAGUGUCUUGUUGUAAAUUUCCUCCAGCUCAUGAAUUGCCUAAAUAUUGGGAAGAUAACCGUAUGGCAUUGAUUAAAUUUCUUGCCGAAGCUCAUAGGGGUAUUCAUGGGUUUGUCAUGGAUGAAAAUGGCAACCCCGUCGAAAAAGCUUCUUUAAAAAUAAAAACUAGAGAUGUGGGAUUUCAGUCAACGAAGCACGGUGAAUUUUGGAGAAUACUAAUGCCUGGAAUGUAUAAGCUUGAAAUAUAUGCCGACGGUUACGUACCGAAAGAUAUAGAUGUUAUGGUUGUGGAACAGCACCCAACACUUGUAAAUGUAACUUUGCAUGCAGCAAAGAGAAAGGAUGGCAAUUUUUAUCGACCUCAGCAACAUCCCUUGUAUCAUCGACCACUUAAACCUCCCCCACAGUCUGGUAUUAUUUCGUCGAUAACUAGUGGAUUUAACAACUUGGUUAAUAUGUUUGGUUAAAGAAUGCUCAACAUGUACACUCAUGCUCACAUAUUUAAAUCGCGUACAGAUGACAAUCUGAAUUUGUGUCCAUGCUAUUGAUUUUGACACAACGUAAAAAUGAGGUUGUACGGAAUUUAUGUGAGAGUGACUGUGUACAUUUACAUUUUUCAUUUUAUGUAUAAACAGAGCUUAAAAACACAAAGUAUGUACAAACAUUUUUAAAUUAGUAAUACAGAUAUUGUUAAGACUGUUAAAUAAAAUAAAAUUUUAUUAAACUUCAA